AGCACUCAUUGAAAAUCACCGUUUGGCGUCGUUUGCACCACGAAGACAAACGCACGACCUAAGCGUGUAUUGUAUAUAUAGAUAUAUAAUAAUUAAUAUAAUAUAUUGUAAUUAAUAUAAAGUUGAGUUAAAUUAAUAUGCGGCGAGUGCUUCUGUUGAUGUUUCUGGGCUUGGCGCACGGCGCGUACAAGCUGCAAGAACAGUUCCGGUGGAAAGCGCUCGACUAUGCUUACCCGACGGAGGAAGCGAGACGACAGGCGAUUAUGAACGGCAGGUUCAUACCGGAAAAUAAUUUGCCUGUCGGGAUCGAGAUAUGGAAUAAUAAGCUGUUUGUGACUGUUCCCCGCUGGAUGGCAGGCAUCCCAUCAACACUCAACUACAUCCCCCUCUAUGAAGGCGUCCCGGAAUCACCACCACUCAUCCCCUACCCAAGCUUCGAAGCAAACGAAGUAGCAAACUGCGAAAAUGGCUUCACAACAGCCUACCGCCUCAAAGCCGAUGAAUGCGACCGAUUAUGGGUAUUAGACACCGGUACCUUCGGCAUAGGCAACACAACAACCAACCCAUGCCCAUACGCCAUCAACGUAUUCGAUCUACACACCGACACACGAAUCAGACGAUAUGAAUUGCGUAAGGAAGACACAAACGCCAACACAUUCAUCGCAAAUAUCGCGAUAGACAUCGGCAAAUCAUGUGAAGACACCUUCGCAUACAUGAGCGACGAGUUAGGUUAUGGCCUAAUAGCCUACAGCUGGGAACAAAACAAAUCCUGGCGGUUCGCACACAGUUUCUUCAUGCCAGAUCCCCUCAAAGGUGACUUCAACAUCGGAGGGUUGAAUUUCCAAUGGGGUGAAGAGGGUAUCUUCGGCAUGUCACUCACACGCAUUCAACAAGAUGGCUACCGACUCAUGCACUUCUCCCCACUUGCGAGUGAUCGCGAAUUCCAAGUCUCCACGAGAAUAUUACGUGAUUCCACUAAAGUAGAGUCGAGUUAUCACGAUUUUACACCGUUGAAAGAACGUGGUCCUUUGGCACAUACAACUUCAAGAGUAAUGGAUGAUUCAGGUGUGCAAUUCUUUAAUUUAAUCGAUCGUAAUGGCGUCGGAUGCUGGAAUUCGGAUAAACCUUAUUCUCCGGAGAAUUUAGCGAUGGUGGAUCGUGAUGAUUUGGCGCUGAGUUUCCCGGCGGAUGUGAAAAUCGACCGCGAGAAGAACGUCUGGGUGAUUUCGGAUAAGAUGCCUAACUUUUUGAUUGAUAAGUUGAAUUAUAACGAGAUUAACUUUAGGAUUUUCUUCGCGCCUAUGGAGGUAUUGAUUAAGGAUACUGUGUGUGAGAUUAAACCCGUGCAGGAGUUGAAUGUGUUGAAUCCGUUUGAUUAUCAAUUGUAUUCGAAGAAGCGGUUUUAUUAUUGAGUGUUGAUUGCGGAGGAAAGAAGAAAUUUGAUUUAAUUGUUUAUAAUGCACGUAAUGUCGACGGUUUUCUUUUGUAUUUUGUAAAUUUUUAUUUUUUCAAAUAUAUUUUUGUAUUUAUUCAUUUUAAA